AUGGCGACAAACACAAAGUCUGUGGAGGAGCAAUUAGCUAGAAUUGCUAAGUCUCUGGAAGGAAUGGCUGUCGCCCUCCAAAAUCAAGAGAAACGGCUUAACACCCUCGAUAAUAGGGUAGGAAGCAUCAUGGAGGAGCAAGGAAGUCGUGCUCUAGGAAAGAAACCCGAAGGGAAAGAAGAGGUUGGUCAGCAAUCACCACCACCUCCUGUUAGCCAUGCGGCAGGAGAAGCUGCUUCCCACUUACCUGCAACUGAGAAAUCUAUACCAGUCACUGAAGACAUGAUACCGGUGGAUCAGUUGAAGGACUACAUAAUGGGGGCCAUCAAAGGCAAGUUGGAUGAAGGCCAACCUUCAUAUUCCUAUGAUAAGCCCUACACACAAAGAAUUGAGGAGUUGAAAAUGCCAUACGAUUAUCAACCUCCUAAGUUUCAGCAGUUCGAUGGUAAAGGAAAUCCUCGACAGCACAUUGCCCACUUUGUGGAGACAUGCAAUGAUGCCGGGACUUAUGGAGAUCUGUUGGUAAAGCAGUUUGUCCGUUCAUUAAAGGGAAGUGCGUUUGAUUGGUACACCGACCUCGAACCCGGCUGCAUUGAUAGCUGGCAUGAUAUGGAACGUGAGUUCCUAACCCGUUUCUAUAGCACGAGGAGAACAGUCAGCUUCUUGGAACUCACCACUACUCGCCAAUGGAAGGGUGGACGCGCCGGUGCCUACAUCGAAAGGUGGAGGGAACUAUACUUGAAUUGCAAAGAAAGAAUAUCCCAGAGUUCUGCAAUUGAGAUGUGCAUCCAAGGCAUGCACUUUGAACUCUCCUAUAUCUUGCAAGGGAUUAAGCCAAAGACCUUUGAAGAGUUGUCCAGUCAUGCUCACGACAUGGAGUUGAGCAUCGAAACCAGCGGAGGGCUCAACAUAUUGAACUUGCCUAGCUCCUCCAAUGCACCUGGAAAACAAGACGUUAAAAAGUGGAACAAACCAUUUCCAAAGCAAGAAAAGAAAGAGGUGUUGAAUGUGAAGGUUACUCCUAUGACAGUUUUUACUAAGGCAACUGAAAGGCCUAGGCCAAGAUCAUUUUCUCGCCCGUCAAGGGGUGGUAGAAGGCCGACAAUUGAAGAAAGGCAGGAGAAGACUUAUCCUUUCAUGGAUUCCGAUGUAUGUCCUAUGUUUGAUGAGCUACUCAAACUUAGACUCAUUGAGUUGCCAGAAAUGAAACGUCCUGAGGAAGCUUCAAGGGUGGAUGAUCCACACUAUUGCAAGUAUCAUCGUCUUCUUGGUCAUCCGAUUGAGAAGUGUUUUAUCUUCAAAGAUAAAGUAAUGGCACUGGCCAGGGAUGGGAAAAUUGAGCUUGCCAAUGCCAAAGCGAGCUCAAAUCAAAUCUCGAUUACACUCGGACGGUUCGCUCCGCUGUGUACUGAAAAGGAAGAUGGGAAACAACGGAAGCGUCCACUCCCCUUCAUUGUUAAGCACGCUGUCGGUCAAAGUUCAGAACCACGACAGAAUGAUAACACAUCCGAAGGAAAAUGGGUGAUUGUCACUCAUAGAAAGAAGAAAGUUGAGCCUGUGAAGCAUCAAAAGCACAUAGUGAAAAGUUGGAUUGAGAAAACCUCAACAAGUGGCCAUGCCCGCAGACCAAAGACGAAGGGGCAUGUCAAGCAACCACGAGCACCAGUUCCUUUGGCUCAAUAUAUGCCAAAAGGAUUUAAUCUUCAAGGGGUAGACACUGCUAGCUCCUGCCUAAAUACAAAUGACAAGCCAGAAGAUGGAGGUGAAUGUUCAUCUCCUAAACACACCGAGGAUUAG